UAUAUUUGACAUUACGGGUGCUUUUUUUUUAAGGGUUAUAUUCGAUUUGUUCCAUUCUUGUGAUCUUUUUAAAACCGACAGACCGCAGCAAACACAUCUCCCACAAUGACGGACGCCGGGGAAGGAAUCCAGAAAAAGCGCAAGCUGCCCGAGGUCUCGGAGAUCGAGAUCGAUGUGUCGGCCCCCGAACCGCCCUCGAAGAAGGCCCUGCGAAAAGCGAAGAAGAAGGGUGCCGAGGACCCAUCCGACGCCACCACCGACAAGCCCACCGAGGAGACGGACCCCAAGAAGGAGGACCCUGCCGCGGCGAAGCGGUCGGAGUACGGAGUCUGGAUUGGAAACUUGCCCUUCUCAGCGACCAAGGACGACGUCCGUCGAUUCUUCACGACCCACUGCUCCUUUUCGGAGACCACCAUCACCCGCCUGCACAUGCCGCGGCCGGCCGACAAGAACGCCCGCGCGCAGAACCGAGGAUUCGCCUACGUUGACUUCUCGACGGCCAAGGCCGCGACGGAGGCGGUGGGCCUGAGCGAGAAGCUCCUGACGGGUCGCCGUGUGUUGAUCAAGGAUGCGAAAAGCUUUACGGGUCGGCCUCAGCCGACGGAGGGAGAGGACGGCCAGAAGGCUGGCACCGCGGCGGCGGUGUCCGGCCCCCCGCCCUCGAAGCGCAUAUUCGUCGGAAACCUUGGCUUCGACACGACCAAGGAGAUGCUGGAGGAGCACCUGGGGCAGUGCGGCCCUAUUAACGAUGUCCACAUGGCUACCUUCCAGGACAGUGGGAAAUGCAAGGGCUACGCGUGGGUGAGAUUCCAGGAUCUGGCGGCAGCGGAAGCCGCGGUCAAGGGAUUUGUGAUGGUCAAGGAAGAUGACGAGGAUGAGGAGGAGGAGGAGGAAGAGGAGGAGAAGGAGGAGGAGAAGAAGGAGGACGCGGAGUCUUCGAAACAGCGCCGAAAGCCCAAGAAGCCGCAGCAGAGACGGGUGUGGGUGAACAACCUGUUAGGGCGACGCAUGCGAAUGGAAUUUGCGGAAGAUGCCACCACCCGGUAUAACAAACGCUACGGGAAGGGCAGCAAGACCAGAACGAAGGAUGGUGAGGGUGACGCGACUGGCGAUGCGAUCAGGGAAAUGCCUGCGCGUGCCAAGCGCGAUAAACCGGAUUAUACUAGAUACGAUUCGGAUACGGUGCAGAAGCUGAGCGGUGCCAUUGUGGAGGCCAAGGGACAGAAGGUCACUUUUGACUGAGCCCAUCCAAUGUGUCUGAGACAAGGAGAGGGAGGGUUAAGGAAGGAGGAGGAACGAGAAGAUGCACAGAAGAGACAACCGGAUAACCAGGACAGCUUGGGAGAGUGCGAACUCGCUAUGGAAGGCAAGGGGAACUCCUUACUGGACAGACCGGUGUUCUUUCUGAUGACUGUGAUUCUGGAGGGAUUCCUUGCAGGGCCAGCGUCGACUUUCCGAUCAUGCCUUGGUAUUGGCUGUCUCACCACGUCGAGGUUGGCGGACAUGAGCCCAUCUCUUAUCCACUGAUACCCGCGAGUUGCCUGUUACCUUUUUUAUUUAACUUUUAUCAAUAUUAUUUCUUUUUUUUUUGUUUUUCUUUUUUUUUUUUU